AUGAACCUCAGUCUCCCGGACCAGAGCAUGCACAGCUCCAGUGAAGGCUGCAUGGACGACGACAAACCUGACGUCAUGUUGCCUUGCUUCCGCAGAAACAUGUAUGACGAGCCCUUGGCCUCAUACUCCAACGGCUCCAUCAUCUCUCAGCUCCUUCGCAAGACAAUCCACAGCAAGAGGGCACUGGAUGAAAGCCAUUUCUACCUUUCGGGCUCCACCGCUGCUGACUCUGGCCAGGAAGACCAGAGCAGCGUCUCCUCUAAGGACAGCACGGUGGAAGCCACCUCCCCCACUGGUCACAUCUCCACAGGAACCAGUCUGGACGGUGAGCAUCCCAUGGCCGACCACCUGCAGGCCAAGAGAGCCAGAGUGGAGAACAUCAUCAGGGUCAUGGCUGGCUCUCCCAACAGCAAGCAGCACGGAGACAGCGAGAGGUCAGAUGCAGAGGUCAGAGACACCAGGGAGGCCAGGGACGUCUACAGGGAGAACAAACGCAAACAGAGGUUGCCUCAGCACCAGGAGCACAGUGUGGGAGGACCGGCCAGCAGACGACCUGGGAGCAGCAGUGGUGACAACUGUAACACCAAGGACGAGGAGUGUCACAAGCUGAAGGAGCAGCUCCACAGCAUGCAGAGGCUCCUGCGUCAACUCCAGGAGAAGUUCCUUCAAGUUUACAACCGGGACGAUCCUGAACAUGACGACAGAGAAGACGCAGAAAUUGCAGCUGAGCAUGACACCCUGGCAGAGAGCACAGAGUCACGCUACAGAAACGCUGAAGAUGAUUUUGAGAGGAAGGGCAGCAGGAUGACAGCAGAGUGUAAGGACCGGAUGAAAGCGACCGGUCAUCAGGCACAACAGAGAGAAAAUCAGAACCUACAAGACGCCCUGAAGCAGGAGCUCUCCCGGGCUGUAAAUGAGUGUGUGGACAGGGUGUUCAAGAAGACGUCCUCCCCGGGGCUGGACUUCUCCCCUCAGCCGUGCAUGUGCUCGUCUCCGGAGAUGCAGAUGAGUGUGGGCACAGACAGGAAGAGCCAGCAGGCCAGCUCCACCCAUGAUCAGCCCCAGUCUGAGGAGGCAGCCGUCAAACCCCGCUCCUUGGAGUACUUCCAAAGCUCUGCAGCUCAAAGCCCACAGGACCAGACAGAGGCUCUGUCCCUGGUGGUCCGCAAGCCGCCAGUGACCCCCAUGAGCUCGGUAUCCCAAACAGUGAAGAGGCCCUACCCUGUGCACCAGACACCAUUUCAGUUCAAUUACAGCACCCCGCUGCACGACAGCCAGAUCCUGGAGCACCUCCUCAAGUACGGGCCCCAUUCCAGCUUUGGGGCUCUGCCCUGCAUGCCCCCGUCGAUGGACAGGAACUCCCCAGACUCAGUGGACCUGCCCUGGGAAACCCUCACCAUGAGGUCCAAGGUGACGUCCAGCCACCUGGGGCACCACCCUCGUUCCUCCAGCCUGGGGACAGUGACGGUCGACAGUCUGUGUCUCCCUCACGUCAAGAUCGAGUGCAGUGAUCUGCAGAGCAUGGCUGAACGAAACCCCUACAUGUCCCUCAACAUCCAGGAGGGUCUCACCCCGAGCCAUCUGAAGAAGGCAAAGCUCAUGUUCUUCUACACCCGCUACCCCAGCUCCAACGUGCUGAAAACCUUCUUCCCUGAUGUCAAGUUCAACCGCUGCAUCACCUCUCAGCUGAUCAAGUGGUUCAGCAACUUCCGGGAGUUCUACUACAUCCAGAUGGAGAAGUUCGCCCGCCAGUGCAUCGUCGACGGCAUCAGCGAGGUCAAAGACAUCACAGUUAGCAGGGACUCGGAGCUGUUCCGGGCACUGAACAUGCACUACAACAAAGCCAAUGACUUCCAUGUUCCAGACAGAUUCCUGGAGGUUUCUGAGAUCACCCUGCACGAGUUUUACAGCGCCAUCUCCGCCGCCAAAGAUUCGGACCCCUCGUGGAAGAAGGCUAUUUACAAGGUGAUCUGCAAACUGGACAGCGAUGUCCCCGAUGAGUUCAAGACAUCUUCCUAUUUAUAG